CUGUUCACUUUCUGUUUCACUUUCUUCCACGACUCCCCUCUGCCAUCCAACAACGGGAGGAGUGUUAGAAGAGUAACAUUACGCUACUUUGGCAUUGCAAGACAUCAAAGCAUUGCCAACAUUUCUAUCCGGUCUUCGUAAAGGGGAACUGGAAUUGCAGAAGGAAACAGAAUCGACUGCUACAACGGUCUUCUGAUGCAGAGGUGUUUCGACGACUUAAGCUCAUCUCCUGCCUAAAUGUUAGUUUCAUCUGAAACUCUUUAGAACACUGGUUUACCCAUUAAAUACGUCGCUCUGUAAAGAUUUGAGUCAGAUUAAAAGCAAUAUUUUGAGUUCAAAUCAUUUUAAGUAGGUAAAGCUCGUCAGUUCCUCAAACAGCGUGAGAAUGAACUGCGGUCUUCUGAGUGGGUUGAAUGAGCCAGUUCCUCUGAAGAGCAUCUCAGUGGAGGUUCGGGUUCAGGAUCAUGUCGCCUCGGUCUCCUCCACUCUGCAGUAUGUGAAUGAGGAGCAGCGCCCCCUGGAGGCCUUGUUCGUCUUCCCUCUGCCUGCUGAUGCUGCUGUCUGCCACUUCAGUGCCAAGAUCGGAGAGCAGGAGAUUGUGGCAGAACUGCAAGACAAGGAGACAGCGAAGGAUCAGUAUGAUGAUGCUGUGAGUUCAGGACAGCAGGCGUUUCUGUUGGAAGAGAGCGCAGAGAGUCCUGAUGUGUUCAGACUGAGUGUUGGGUGUCUGUCGCCGGGUCAGAACGCUGCCGUCACCAUCAUCUACAUUACUGAGCUCGCUGUGCAGGCCGACCAAUCACUGCGCUUCUGUCUGCCGGCUGUUCUCAACCCCAGAUACACACCAGCAGGUUCAGAUGCUGGUAUAGUGUCAGAGAUUUCAUCAGUAAGUGGAGCAGCUCCCUACUCUCUGACUCUCAGUGUCCACGUGAGCUCUCCAAAGCCCAUCUCCAAACUAGAGUCCAACUGCACUCUGGAUCCUCUCGUGUUCCUCUGCUCUGACCACACUCAGGCUACGGUGAAUCUGAGUCCUGGUCACAUGUUUGAUAGGGAUGUUGAGCUGUUCCUGUACUAUCAGGACACCCAUCAGCCCUCUGCUGUAGUGGAGGCAGGAGUGGCCACUGCACCGUCAGACUCUCUAAUGAGAAACCCUGUGGUCAUGAUUAGCUUGUAUCCAGAGUUCCCAGAGGAAGUGAUGUCAUCAAUGGCAACUCAAGGCGAGUUUGUUUUUGUGAUGGACAGAUCAGGCAGUAUGAGCGGCAUGAUGCGUGGAAAAGAAGCACAAAACCGCAUUGAAAGUGCAAAAGACACUCUGCUCUUACUGUUGAAGAGUCUUCCCAUGGGAUGCUACUUCAACAUCUAUGGAUUUGGCUCUCGUUUUAAGUCUUUCUUCCCUAAAAGUGUUGAGUACAACCAGGACAAAAUGGAUCAGGCUCUUAAAGAAGUAAAGGAAAUGCGAGCAGACAUGGGCGGCACAGAGAUUUUACAGCCUCUAAAACACAUCUACAGUCAGCCCUGCAUCCCUGAACACCCCAGACAGCUGUUCAUCUUCACUGAUGGAGCAGUAGGAAACACUAAAGAGGUGCUGGAUCUGGUGAAAAGUCAUGCUCACUCUCACAGAUGUUUCUCAUUCGGGAUUGGUGAAGGUGCGAGUACCGCCCUCAUCACAGGAUUGGCCAGAGAGGGUUCAGGUCAUGCUCAGUUCAUCACAGGCAGCGAGCGCAUGCAGCCAAAAGUGAUGGAGUCUCUCAGGUUUGCUCUUCAGCCCAUAGUGUCGAAUAUCUCAGUGGAUUGGACACUUCCAGAAGGUGUUACUGCUGAAACAGUUGCUCCACCCAUUGAUGUGCUCUUCCAGGGUCAAAGGACUCUCAUUUAUGCCCAACUUAAAGGAAAUAGUUUAGGAGGCUCUGAGGGAUCAGUGACAGUCAAAUACAACCUGAACAGUCAACCAGUGACAAACCAGCUGCACUUCUGCAUCAAACCAACUGAGGAAACAGGGUUGGUCGUCCACCGGCUGGCAGCUCGAACCAUGAUCCGUUCUCUAGAGCAAAAGGAGAGAUCCAGCGCUGAAAGUGAGAGUCUCAGGAGCUCAAUAGUGGAGCUCAGUGUUCAGGCAGGAGUGAGCAGUGUUCAUACAGCCUUCAUUGGCAUUAAUAAAGACACCAAACAGACUGUGAAAGGACCCCUGCAGCAGAGAAGAGUGCCGACAUACGAGAGAACGAGCGAUUACCACUAUUUUUAUCCACCGCAAGCAGAGAGAAGGGAAAAACGCUGCUAUCGUUUAGCACCGCCAGAGAGAAGGGAAAAACUCUGCUAUCGUUCAGCACCGCCAGAUGAUAGAAUGAGAGAACACUGCAAUUUUGCAUCGCGGCGAGAGAGAAGGGAAAAACUCUGCUAUCGUUCAGCACCGCCAGCAGAUUGGUUGAGUUUUGAUUGUGUUGAUGAUGAAGUGGAAACACAGGGAUCAGAAGAUUGUGUUGCUGAAAAGUCUGUCUGUAACCGUCUCCCACUGAGAAAAGCUGCACCUGAGCUCCAGCAGGACCUGUUACUCCCGCUGGUUUCCCUCCAGAAGGCCUCGGGCUGCUGGGAACUGGACGCCGCAUUGGCUGCUGUGUUGGGGAAGACAGAGGAUGAGCUGACCAAUCAGAAACCAGCACAGGUGGAUGGGUCAGUGUGGGCCACUCUCCUGGCUCUGAUCUGGUUGUACAGCUGGAGAAAAGAGCAGCAGGUGGAGUGGCAGUUUGUGGCCCAGAAGGCAGCGGCGUGGAUCACCUCUGAGAAAGUGGGCGAUCUGUCUCAGUGUGUGUGUGUGGGUAAUGUCCUGCUCGGAUGUCAGGUCACCAAAGACUCUCUGGGGAUCUGAAGAUAUCAGAAGACCAAAGAACAGACGCCAUUACAUUUAUAGUUAAUCUCUUACUUGCUUCAGAAACAUUUAAUCUGUGAUUUUUAUUUGCUCAAAUCAACACCAAAUCCUAAAUGAACCUGACCUCCACCAUCAUUAGAUGAAAACUCUCCAACCUGUUUCUACACAACAGCUAUGUAUCUUCAUUUCUCGGUUCAUCUAUUGAAUAUUAAAAGACAGUUUAUUAGAAUUAAUGACUUAUUUUACAAAAAGACAAUCAUUUUGAGGAAUAAAAAAGAGCUUCGGCCUCAGAUAAGCUCAUGAAACUGAUGCUACAAUAACAAACCUAAUAACAGACCCGUUCACACCAAGCAUGAUACUGACCGUUAAGCCCUCUUUUAUACGAUUAUUUAAAGAUAAUGACUAUCUAACAAUUGCUUAUACCAUGGAAAAUAAUGAUUAAUACACAACUCCAGGCCAACAAAUUGAAGUAUAAGAAUAAAAGUAGCUCAGUUAUCCAGAUUCAGCAUCUUUGUGUUUCCUCAUGUUGUUUUUAUUCCACUAAACUGACGACUACAGGAAAAGCCGAGACCAGCACAUUUGGCGUCGUCCUUUAUUAUUAGGAAAAUUGCUAAGCAUGCUCCUGAACAUAUGAUUUAAUUAGGUUAUACACCUGUGUCUAUGAAUGACCUGUGCUCUGUUUCUACAAACCUGUUUCUGAACACUGUUUCUGAGCACGGUCCCAGUAGUGGAUCUUUAUCUAUGCAUGAGCAGUAUAUAAAGCUGAAAUAUACGAGCUGCGCACUUUCUGACUUCUACAUACUGAAUGUCUUGGGCUCUUUAUUCUCAACUGAGUAUAAAGUAAAGGAUUUUGUUUCUGUUAUUUGUAUCUUUGUUUAUUUUACUUUUUCACUGGAUUUUAUUCUAUUAAUUAAACGUGUAUUUUAAUAACUUUC